AUGGCGAGCGGCCUUAGCUGGUUUGAGGGUGGAGCAAUGCUCAGCUUCGACCCCACRUCUGAGAAGAUUUGGUCACUCGAGUGUCUCAGGCAGCAAAUUUCGAAGGAACUCUCCGAGCCUGUAACUGCAAGGCUGAAUCCUCCACAUUCUAUCAGCUGCAGUGAACCGGGGGUGAUGAAAAAUCCAGGACCUUUUCUUUUGAAAGGAGCAGACAAGGCCCCAUUUUCAGCCCUCCCUUCACAGAAAGACUUGGAUUUGAUUGAAAGAUACAAACAGGGAGUAAUAAACUCAGUAUCUGCUUUGCAAUUGUUUGCCAAAAUACACCACAUGCAGCUUGAAUUGAAAGAAACAAGUGUGGCAGGUGAUGUCAUCAGGCCUUAUUUUGCCUUUUGUGCUGUGAUAAAUGGUGUUUGCUACAAAACUGGGYUGGGAAAGAACAAGAAGGAAUCUAAAUUAAAUGCAGCUAAACUGGCUCUUGCUGAGCUACUUAACUUGGAGAAUACAGGGGCAAAGCCUAUUGAAGAUUCAGAUUUUUCCUGUAUUCCUGCUGAGCUCCGAACUCCAGCAAACUCUGCUUGUGUUUCGAGGACUGGAGGAGAACAUACCUAUCAAAAACUCUCCCAAAUGCUUGAAGAAGUGUUUAACCGCCUGACUGCCCAACACCCUCAGUACCAAAGCUGUGGCAGAUCCCUGGCUGCCUUCAUCAUUGAAAAAGGUGGGCAGCAUGAAGUGGUAGCCCUGGGGACUGGAGAAUGCAACUACAGCCGGCGCUUUGAGUGCUGUGGAAGGCUCUUGCACGACAGCCACGCCAUUGUCACUGCAAGGCGUUCCCUGCUUAGAUACUUGUACAGACAUCUUUUGCUGUUCUAUAAUAAAAACCCAGCCAAAGCAGAGAGAUCCAUAUUUUGCACAGCACCAGGCUCAAAGCUGCUUACCCUCAAGCAGAAUAUAACCCUUUCUCUCUACAUGAACCAGCUUCCRAAGGGAACUGCGCAGUUCAAAUCAGAGGUGCAUCUCGGUCCCCAGUCUAUAUCUGCUUAUGAAGCCAGUGAGGAGCUGAGUCUGCAYGUUGCUGUAGAAGGCAGGAUUUACCUGGCUGUUUGCUGUCCCCCCAAGACUGUCCGAGUGAGCAGCAUGUCAGGUGGUGACAAACUGACCAAGUGGGAGGUGGUUGGUCUUCAGGGAGCCUUGCUGAGCCACUUCAUUGAACCCAUGUACAUCAACAACAUUCUUGUGGGAAAUGGAAGUUGUAAGGAUACAAAAGGACUGGACAUAACUAUAAAGCAGCGUCUUGAUGAUGAACUGAUAUCAAAGCUUCCUGUGCCCUAUCUGGUCAACAGAUCUCAUAUUUACUUGGUGAAAGCUGCACUGCCAAUCCAAACAGAUUUAAACCAGUGGUCACUUAGUUUGAAUUGGACAUUGUCAGAUGCAUCCCUGGAGGUUGUGGAUGGAUUAAGUGGGAAAACCACUGAAAGCUCCCCGUUCCAGAGUGGCACGUGCCUGGCCAGUCGCCUGUGCAAGGCCGCCAUGUUCAGCCGGUUCAGGAUGCUCGCCAGGGAAGCAGAACGGAGUGAUUUGCUCCAGUUUGGAACAUACCAUGAGGCAAAGGUUAAAUCUCAGUUGUACCAAGAGGCUAAAAGCUUGCUGCAGAGCUACUUAGAUGAACACAGUUAYGGAUCAUGGAUUGUGAAGUCUCCCCAUAUUGAACAGUUCAGUGACUGAGGUGGAUUCUACGUGAAAUCAGUUUGGAUGAUCUUUUUCAGUAAAUAUGAAUUCUGAUUAGUAAAAUGUUCAACUUUAAGUUCAUAGUUACAGGAAGAAGACAAUUCCAGACAAUUUGUUGAUAGUUUAAAUGCAGUUAUUAAACCACCUGUAACAGUUCAAUCUUUACCCAAAAUGGGUGUUUUCUCUUAAGUAGCAGUGUCCAACAGUUUUGUAAAUCUGUUCUGCUUUGCCCUCAUUUCAGGUCCCUCACCCCCCUCCUACGAAUCCCCUCCCCAUCAAGUUACACGUUGUUUUCCUGAUAGUUUCAGGAUUUCUGUGUGUUGAUUUCUUCUUUUUCCAGCCUUUUUCAUAACUUGAGGAAAGAAAAACAAAAUCAGUAAAAGGUGGAUUUCUUUAACAAAAAGCAUACCAAUGUGAGAGUGUUUCAGAAAAAAAUAAUGGACAAUCUGUGCUUUAUCUGUAGCAUCAAUCCUUUGUUGAGAGUUUUGUUUAGUGUGGAUUUGCUAAGUGGWUUGUAGUUUAUGUUGUAUGUUGUUUGUGCUAGAAGAGUUAAAAAAUAAUUUGUGUACUUCCAAGURUGGCACUCAGAAUGAGCAGCUAUUACUCAACUGUUUUGUGACAAUUAUUACUUCUG